AUGAGCCAUCAACCUGACAGGGCACAACCUGAUGAUCUCUCACAGGAUCCACCACCCCCGAGGGAGCCGGCCCUGCCUGACAUGACUCCAUCCAGCAGUGAAUUGAGGAGUCUUUUCGAGUGUCUGGUCUGCGUUGGGUACGUGCUACCACCCAUCUUUCAGUGUCAGCAUGGUCAUCUUGUGUGUAAUAGCUGUCGCCAAAAUCUGGCGUCUUGUCCAACUUGCCGGUGCCCACUGGGAUCCAUUCUCAACGUGGCUAUGGAGAAACUGGCUGAUUUACUUACCUUUCCGUGUAAAUAUGCCUCAUCUGGGUGUGGACUAACACUGCCGCCCGCGCAAAAAGUAGACCACGAAGAGCGCUGUGAUUUCAGGCCUUAUUGCUGUCCAUGCCCUGGUGUUCUCUGUGAAUGGGCAGGCUCUUUGGAUGCCGUGAUGCCCCAUCUGAUGGAUCAGCAUGACUCCAUUACAGCGCUAGAGGGAGCGAGUGCAGUUUUCCUUGCUGUGAACAUUAAUAAUGUUCGUGGUACUUUUGACUGGGUGAUGAUGCAGUCCUGUUUUGGCUUGCACUUCAUGGUGGUCUUGCAGAAACAGGAAAACCACCACAGUGAAGCGCGGUUCUGUGCAAUGGUCCAGCUGCUAGGAACGCGCCAGCAAGCGGAAACUUUCACUUACCGACUGGAGCUCCGUGGUGAUCGACGGCGACUGACGUGGGAAGCAGCUCCUCGGUCCAUUCGGGAGGGAAUUGAGACAGCCAUGAUCAACAGUGACUGCCUUGUCUUUGACACCAACGCUGCACAGAUUUUUGCAGAAAAUGGCCAUUUAAGCAUCACUGUCACUAUUGCCCAGUAUUGA